AUGGCUGAAAUUGCUGGUGAAAUUGUUGGUCGGGUCUUAAUCGAAUUGGUUGGCAUAGUUAUUGAAGGCGCGGUACGGUCAUAUGGACAAGAACGGCGUUCAAAAAAAUCAAAUUCAUCUUCUCAAAAACACAAUCGAUCAUUAACCUUAGGGUCGCCAUCAUCAGCUCAGUAUAACCGUGCAGUACUCAUUGCAUCAAGCAAUAUUACUUUCGGUAAUGAUUGUGAACGUCUUGUUAAUAUAGCUUUUCAAUCAAGUCAAACUUUUCCUACAAUGAUGGGCACAUGUGCUGAUGUUAAUCAAUAUUUACACAAAGAACUUGCUAAACAAUAUCCUAAUGAAUAUUUUCAUAUAAUUAUUGGUGAAAAUAAAAAAUUUGGUUUUUCUAUUAGUGAAGAUCAACAUUUUGCUGAAAUUGAACAAGAUCGAUAUCGUGUAUUGAUUUUUUCAACAAAACAAAAUUCUCAUACGAAAUCGGACACUCAUGAUGCUAAUAGUCAGAUGUUAUUUGUAUGGAAUUGA